GUUAUGUUAUCGGUCUAGUCGAAACGAGGUAAACAAAAUGCACCACAACCAGUUGGAUUUCCCGGCUUUUCCGCUUUCCCUGCUGGACGACAGCGAUCUACAGCCGCAAAGGUGUUAUAUUCCCCUGGAGCAGGACUCUACUGGAACAGGAUGGUAUCGUUGCCACCUUUCCGAUGGCAGCUACGCAGUUUGCUGGGUAACUCCGCGUGCCGGCAGUGAAACUUGUUGCUUCCUGGAUGGAAUCGUAACCUCCUUGACGCCGUUCUGCCCCACCAAUCAGCGGUUGGUGCUUGUGGAGCCACUUAAGUUAGUUUCCAGCCUGCAGAGAAUUUCAUGCGUGGUCACAGUCACCCCGGAGCUGCUGCAGCGACCUCUGGUUUCCCUGGAGGAUCUGGAGGACGAUGUGCGGGUGUUUCUUCGCCACCUGAAGCUUACCAAAGGAUGCUCCGUGCAGCACAGACGCCUUGAGCAGUUGGGCAUUGCCAGUGUGCAGAUUUCCGAUGCUCCAGGAGUUGCCGAUGACGAAUGCUUUGAAAUAGCACAAGAUGUUAAACUACUCCUGGUGGACAUACGACUGGGAACGCCCUUUCCUUUGGACUUGACCUCAAAGUAUCUGCCCCAGAGCUUCGAGCAACCCAUGCAGCAUUUGAAGCAACUCCUGGAAACCUCUAAGAGCAGCUUUUCGCACAGAUUUCCAACUACAGCAUUAGUUGCGGGUCCGGUGGGUUGUGGAAAAAGUCGUCUGCUCAGUGAGUUCCUGCGUCGUCAUAGCUGCAACUGCUUUUGCAUUACAGCUAGCCAGGUGCUGCGCUCAUAUCCCGGCGAAACCGAAGAGGAGUUGAGGAGGAUCUUUCAAGCUGCUGAAACUUUCAAGGAGCAACUGCGUCCAUUAUUGCCAAUUGUGAUACUUAUUGAGGAUCUGGAGCUGCUCUGUCCCCUUACGGGUGUCGCGGACACAAAAAACUCUAGCAAUUCUCUGCGGAUAUCAGCUCAGCUCUACAAACUGCUAGACGCACUUCCGCAAGGCAUUAUAUGUCUGGCAACUUCUGGAUUACCGGACUCCUUGCAUGAACACGCGCGCAGACGGUUUGUUAGAGAGGUGGCCAUCGAUAUGCCCAGCGAAGAGCAGCGCAGACAACUUGUAGAGCAUCUUUGCCAAGACAACGGGCUAAAAAUCUCAGAGACUUCUCUCGAUCACAUAGCGAGAAACACUCAGGGAUAUGUGAUAGCGGAUCUAACACUUCUUUUACGCCGCGUUCAACAGCAACUACUAGCUAAAGAUAACUUCAAUUUGGAGCAAAUAUUCCACCAAACGCUGCUACAAACUCAGCCGAGUGCCUCUCGAUCAACAGAUGUGCGGGUCUCGAAGAUGAUGGCUGGUUUUGAGGUCAUCGGAGGAAUGGAAGCGCUGAAACGCACCUUACAAGUCUCGGUCUUAGCGGGUCUAAGACAAAGUGCCGCUUUUGCUCGGUUCGGACUAAGUUUGCCAAAAGGAGUGCUGCUCUAUGGACCUCCGGGAUGUGCCAAGACCACUGUGGCCAAGUGCCUGGCCAAGGAGGCUGACAUGACCUUCAUUGCCACGUCGGCGGCGGAGGUGUACUCCCCCUACGUCGGUUGCGCAGAAAGAUUUAUUUCGCGGAUCUUUGACACAGCGCGAAAGAAUGCACCCUGUCUAAUAUUUUUGGAUGAGAUAGAUUCCCUUGUUGGCAGAAGGACGGUCUCAAGUGGCGGAGGUGGUGGCCAGGUACAGCUGAGAAUUCUUUCCACGCUGCUGACUGAAAUGGAUGGUAUUGUGGGCGGUGGUAGUCAGCAGCAUAUACUUGUGGUUGCAGCCACCAAUCGUCCUGAUAUGAUCGAUGAUGCCCUAAUGCGACCAGGACGCUUUGAUAAGCUUAUCCAUGUACCAGCGCCUGAUGAGGAAUCCCGCCUGGCUCUGCUGAAACUGCACUCCCAACGCAUGCCUUUCCAUAACAAUGUGGUUCUCGAGGAGAUCGCUGCGCGUACCGAGCGGUAUUCCGGAGCGGAUAUGUGUAAUCUCUGCAAUGAGGCGGCCAUUGAGGCUUUUCAGCGUGAUUUUGAGGCCACUGAAAUUGAGCUGAAGGACUUUGAAAAAGUUCUGGCCAAGCAGAAAUCCUCACUCACUCAAAGCCAAAUAGAUGGCUACUAUAAGUUUGCUCAUAGAUUUUUAUAGAAAAAUAUUU